CGCUCCCAAGAAGGGGAAGGGAGAAGAUCCGCGGCGGCAAAUCCAGCGCAACAUCAGCGGUGAAGAAGAUCUGCGGCCGGCCAGCUCUCACAGUUUGAUCGUGAACGCCAGCCGCCACGGUCGUGUUCCCGGAGACUGCCGGAACUGCCCCCCCUUCGCUUCUUUCGUCGAACACAUAUAGAGAAAGAGCAGUCCCAAUCAGAGUCAGUGUGAGUGUGUGUGUGCGGACACAUAGGAGGAACACGGACAGGAAACCACAGCUAGAUGGUCGGAACGUGGUAACCGACAGUAGUUGGAUUAAAAGUGAUUGAAAAAAAAAAAGUAUUCUCUAAAAAAUAAAAGAGCAUCGCAAAAAAAAAAUUAAACACGGUGUGAAUCUCUGAAAGCAGUUUUACCGAGCAGUGAAAAGUUGAACCAGAAGCGAGCGCCAGUGAAAAUUUUUAACUCGAAUAGUUUCGAAAAAUAACGUUUUUUUUUUGCGAACGAACGAAACGAGCGAACUCGCGGUACUCGGCGGGCUCUUGGGGCUGAAUAGUAGUUGGCCCCUUUCACAUCACUCCAACCCGGGGGAAGGAGCAAUCCAGUUAGGAACGAUUAGGGUGUAAGGAAACAGUCGCCAUGAUCAGCAGGAGUUCGAGCCUCCAGGGGCUCGAAACGAUAGCAUCCUUGCUAAUAGUAGCCACGUUACUAGUGGCGUCACACGUUAAUGCCGCACCCAUGUACGAGAGCGAUCAGACUGACCUGGAGACGUACGGCGAGUCGGCGGGCUGCUACUACAACUACAACCACUACAGCGAGGGUGACCGUAUCAUGACGAACGAGCCCUGCCUCAACUGUACCUGCCACGACCGCAUGCUGAUGUGCUACCUGCGCGUGUGCCCCUUCACGAAGGCGAUCGGCCAGGACUGUACGAUCGAGAAGCGCGAGGACCAGUGCUGCCCGGUGAUCACCUGCCCCGAGGUGGAGGUCCAGCUGGUGGACCACCAGUCGACGGCCGGCCCGGACUCGACCGCCGUCGGCGCGCCCGACCAGUACGGCUGCUCGAUCGAGAACCGCUUCUACCCGGAGGGAGCUCAAGUGCCAUCAAACCCACACAAACCUUGCGAGCUGUGCUACUGCAUUCGGAACAUGACCACUUGCGUGAUGCAGGAGUGUACGCUGCACAUUGACGGAUGUCAGCCGAUCUACAACAAGGGCGUCUGCUGUCCAGUGAGAUACGAUUGCGAUCACGAAAAGGAAGAGUUCCCGCAGCUGGAGGACGAAAUGACGACGACGGUGCGCCCAACGCCUGGAUUCAUCCUGACGACCACGAUGACCCCCUCGAUCUCGACCGACUGCGUCCACAACGGAGAGGCGUACGCCGACGGAGCGAUGAUCAUUACGGACAAGCCGUGCGAGCACUGCUACUGUAUGCGCGGAGACAUCGUGUGCGCCGUGCAGGAGUGCGGAACGCCGCUGGAGAACGAGGGCAAGAACUGCACGGCGAUGGCACCGGAACCGGGCAUGUGCUGUCCGGACACGUACAUCUGCGACGGAGGCAUGGACCAGGUUACUACGCUGCGACCGGCUUCGGACGAUCAGACGGCGGAGGAAGCGGUGGCCACGACCAAGGCCCCGGCGACCAGUGACGAGUCGGCACCUUCGGAGGAAGACGACGGUGUUCAGGAAGCCAUUGCCAUCGACGACAAGUCGGACAGCAACGAAGACAGCGAGGAGCAGACGCCAGUCGUGCACCACGACGAUGUCCAGAGCGAAGAGGAGGAAGCCCAGGAACCGGUAGCGCCAGUCGCCUCGGACGACCAGGAAGAGGAGAAACCAACUGCCACCACCACCGCUCGACCAAGCCAGCAGGAAGCCGACGAGAAGGAGGCCACCACUCAAGCUGCCGUGCAACAGGAUGAAGACAAGGAACAGGCGGUGCCAGCUGUCGCUGACGACGCCAAGCCAGAGGACAACGAAGUCGAAGAGGAACCAGCGGUCGCCACCACGGAAACGCCAGCCGAACCAGAGAAGGACCUCGUCGCACCAACAGUCUCCGCUGUCGAUGACGACUCCGCAGCUCACACCACCUUCGCACCGAAGGAAAGCGAUGCCGAAGAGCCGGAAGUGACCACCGCGUUCGCGUUCACCCCCAGCGACGACGAAGUUGACCUGACUACCGAAAGCCGAACGUACCUGCCACCGUUCCGUGACUCGGAAACCACGACCGUCCGCGUCGCCGAAGCCGACGAAGUGACCACGCAAGCACCGGUCGUCGCUGAUGAUGCCCAAGACGAAGAGAAGGAGUCCGACGCACCGGAAGCCGACUCGCUAACCACGGCCAAGCCAAUCGAAUCCACCACCAACACCAAGGAACCAGCGCACAAGUUCGAGGACAACGCACCAGCAGAGCAGGACUUUGUUGAGCUGCCGCCAGCGGUCAUCGUGACGGAACUGCCGCCAGUGCCAACCAGCGAACAACCCACCACGGUCCACAUCCCGGAGAUGCCCGAGGAAGAAAUCAUCACGCACCACCCGCCGGAGGCCGACUCGCACGUUCUGGAUGACUCGAUGACCUCGACUGCCGCCGCGCCAGUCGCUGACGAAGAAGACAAGAAGCCGGAAGCGCCAGCCGUCGACAUGGACGAACCCGUUGAGAUGAACACGGUCAUCCCACAGGAAGAGGAGAAGAAGCAGGAGGAACAACCAGUUGCCGCAGGCAAGCCACAGGAAGACGAGCAGACCCAGAUGUUCCCGGAGGCCAUCCCCGGAGAGGGCGACUGCCUGGUCGAUGGAGUCACGUACAAGAACAACGCCGACAUCCCUGCCAACAACAAGUGCCAAGAGUCCUGCAAGUGUACCAACAGUGUCGUCCAGUGCGAGAUGGUCCGCUGUGCGGCCGCUCCGUCCAAGGACUGUGCCCCGGUGCCAGCCGCUCCUGGUGAGUGCUGCCCGACGUACAAGUGCAACGCUGUGGACGACAGCACGUCCGAGUCGGACAGCGACGAGGAGACCGCACUCACCCAGGAGGAACAGGAAGCCAAGAAGCCUACGGAGAGCUCGUCCACCGAAAGCAGCUCGUCGUCCAGCAGCGACGACACCACGGAAGACUCCAAGGAGGAAGACGAACCGGCCCAGUCGGAAAGCGACUCCACCUCGGACGACGAUAGCGAAGAAGACGACGAAUCGAACCAGGUUGAAGCGCUCAAGCCCACUACUAGACGCCCGGUUGCGAGCAGCACUACGCCGAAGGUCGAACAGGACGAGGCAUCGGACAGCGAUUCGGACUCGGACAGCGAGGAGGCCGAUUCGGAUGAGUCGGAAGAACCCGCCAAGAUCACCACCGCACGACCAGCUUACUCCGUGCCGGAAGCCACCACUGUCGGAAAGGUCGAGGAAGAGAAGGCGACUACCGCUGCACCAGCUCUGGACGAAGAGGAACAGAAACCGGUGGAACAGGACACUGUUGUCGCUGACGCCACUACUGCUGCGCCAGCAGCUGAUGAGGAACAGAAACCAGUCGAACAGCACACAGUCGUCGCUGACGCCACCACUGCUGCGCCAGCAGCUGAUGAGGAACAGAAGCCAGAAAGCGAUGACAGUGAGGCACCAGCUGAGGAAGCCACCACCGCUAAGGUUGUCGAACAACAAGCUGAUGAGAAGGACGAAGAACCAGCUCAGGAAGCCACCACCAUUAAGGCCGUCGAACAGCAAGCUGACGAAAAGGACGACGCUCAGGAAGCCACCACCGUCAAGGCCGUCGAACAACAAGCUGACGAAAAGGAUGAAGAACCCGCUCAGGAAGCCACCACCGCCAAGGCCACCGAAGACGAACCAAGCGCACCAGUUGAACAGGACGAAACUCAGGAUGAGGUGCAGGCUACCACCGCCAAGGCCGAGGAACCAGCCGACGAGGUAUCCGCUACCACCGCCAAGGUUGACGUGGCAGAAGAUGACGUACCGGCUGAACAAACUCACGACGAGCUUCCUUCGGAAGAUGUUACCACGACUAAGCCAGUUAUCGCCGCCGAUGAGGAAGCUGAAAAGGCUGAUGACGUUACCACUGCCCAACCUGCUGCUGUCGCUCCUGCUGCUGAUGACGAUGAUGAGCAAACCGAACAAGAAGUCCAGGCUCCAGUGGCCGAACAAGAUGUGCCAGCCACAACCGUGCAGCCGCUAGCCGUUUCAGCUGACGACGAGCAGAAGCCAGUUGAGGAUGACAAGCAAGAGGAGCAGGAGAAGCCCGUGGACGAUUCGAUUCACUUCCCAGAUGAACAGGAGUCGGAAGAACAGAAACCAGUGGAGCCGAAGCCUGUUGAGGAUGACAAGCAAGAGGAGGAAGAGAAACCUGUGGACGAUUCGAUUCACUUCCCGGAGGAUGAUGACGAGGAGCCAAUCUUCAAGCCAACCGUUGAUGACCACGUUGCUGGACAUGUCGAUGAGGACGAUUCCGAGGAGGAGAAACCGGUUGCCGCUACUCAAGCCCCGGAAGAAGCUACCACCGCCAAGGUUGAAGCCGAAAAGGAAGCCGACAAACCAGUUGAGCCAGUUGUUACCGACGCACCAGCUGAGGAAGCUCAAACUCCCGCUGCCGAUGUUGCCGAACCGGUCGAAGAGCCAACCACCAGCGCACCGGCGGUUAGCCAAGACAGUGUGCCGGAAAUGCCGCAGGAGGAACUGCACCCGCAAAUGCCGCUGGAGUCGGACGAUCAGAUCAAGGAACACGAUGAGCCUGCUGCCACGACCGUCAAAGCCGAAGAGGAGAAGCCCACUACCGCUGCUCCGGUUGCUGAUACUGGUGCUGACGCCGCCGAGGAGGAGGACAAGCCGAAGCCGGAAGUGCAAGCCGAAGACGAGAACGUCAGCUCGGAAGAGGAGCAGGAGCACGUGCCGGUGAGCUUGGACCCGAGCGCGGGAGAGGAAGAGAGCAGUGAAGAGGCCGACGUUCAGGAGGUGCCUGCGCCUACUUCGGAGGAACAUGACGACAGCGAGGAGGACAAGAAGCCAGCUGAAGAGACGCCGACGCCAGUGGAAGCGGACGAGGAAACGCCAGCCGUGGUAGAGGAGGUGAAGCCAACUGAGGAAGAGGUUAAGCCGGUGGUUAGCGAUGAACAACCAGCUGAGGAAGUCACUACGACUGCUUCUGUUGCAAGCGCCGACGAAGAGAAGACAACCGUUGCUGCUCCAAGCGCCGACGAAGAGGAGAAGAAGCCGGAAGAAAUGGUUGCUCCGAGCGCCGACGAGGAAGAGAAAAAGCCUGAGGAAGCCGCCACAACUGUCACCGCACCAAUCGCCGACGAGGAAGAGAAGAAGCCUGAAGAAAUGGUUGCUCCGAGCGCUGACGAAGAAGAGAAGAAGCCUGAGGAAGCCGCCACAACGGUUGCCGCGCCAAGCGCCGAUGAAGAGGAGAAGACGCCAGAGGUUGAAGUCUCGAGCGAUGAGGAACAGAAGCCGGCCUUUGAUGACGAGAAGAAACCGGAAGCCGAUGAGGAACAGACGUCCGCGACGACUGUGGCUUCGAUCGAUUCUGAUGAUCGCGUCGGAGUAACCGAAGCUGAGCAGAAACCAGUUGAGGCUGACGAAGAAGACAAGGCUGCCACCACGGCUGCUCCAGUGAUGGAUGCGGAGAAACCUGCCGCUGACGAUGAACAGAAGCCAGUUGAAGCGGACGAGGAAGAUAAGCCAGCCACUACGGUUGCACCUGCCAAGGAUGAAGAGAUUGCCACACCCGCAGCUGACGAGGAACAGAAGCCAGCUGUUGCUGACGAAGAAGACAAACCUGCCACGACUGUCGCUCCGGUUAGUGACGAGGAAGUGAAGGCUCCAGAAUCCGAUGAGGAACAGAAGGAGGAUGACAAGCCAGUGAUUGCUGCCGAUGAUGUCGAAAGCAAGCCGCAGACUACGGACGCACCUGCUCAGGAUGAGGUUGCCAAGGAUGAGGAGGAGCAGAAGCCAACUGCCGAUGAGGAACAGACGCCUGCCGCUGACGACGAACAGGAGUCGGAGAAGGAAGCUGAACAGAAGCCUGUUGCUGCCGAUGAUGACCAGGCUACCGACGCACCAGUCCAGUCUACGACAGUGGUUGCCGAUGAGGAGCAGAAACCAGUUGAGGCCGACGAAGAACAGAAACCAGUUGAGGCCGAUGUACCAGAAGUCAAGCCAACUGACGCGCCAGUGAAGGCCGAUGAUGAUGAGUCUGCCGAGGAGGAACAACCAGCUGUGGAACCGGUGGCUGCCGAUGAACAGGACGAAGAGGAAGAAGACAAACCGGCUACCACUGUGGCGCCAGUGUCUGCUGACGACGAGACUAAGCCAGUUGAAGCUGAUGAGGAGCAGAAACCAGUUGAAGCUGACGAGGAACAGAAGCCAACACCGGUGGCUGCCGACGAUGAGCAGAAGCCAGAAUCGGAUGACACCACUGAAGAGCAGAAACCUACUCCGGCGGCUGCCGAUGCCGACGAGCAGAAGCCAGAAUCGGAUGACGUCGAAAAGGAACAGGACAAGCCAGCCGUUGUCGAUGACGAAACUGAGAAGACGACUGACGCUCCAGUUGUGAGUGCCGACGAGGAACAGAAACCAACUGCCGAUGAGGAAGAGGAGAAGCCAGCAACUCCAGUUGCUUCCGACGAUGAACAGGAACAACCAGCUGACGCUGCUACCACUGUUAGCCCGGCCAAGGACGAGGAACAGAAACCAGCGGAAGAGGUUAGCACUUCUGCUCCGGCAGUUGAUGCCGAGGAACCACAGCCAACGACUGCCUUCACUCCGGUCAAGGAAGCCGACGAAGAACAGAAGCCGAUGCCAGUUGAAUCUGCCGAGGAUGACGACAAGCCACUGCCAGAGUCGGAUGACCAGGUGAAACCUGCUGAAGAGGAAGAAAAGACCACGGAUGCGCCAGUUGCUCCAGUCGCUGACGACGAGAAGCCUGUGGAAGCUGACGAGGAGCAGAAGCCAACGCCGGUUGCCGAUGACGACAAGCCAGAGGAACAGAAGCCAACGCCAGUGGAAGCCGAUGAGGAACAGAAACCAGUGGAAGCUGACGAAGCACAGAAGCCUACUCAAGCUCCGGUUGAAGCCGACGAGGAAGAACAGCCAGCGCCAGUUGCCGACGAUCACGAGCCUGCCGACGAUGAGGAGGAAGAGAAGCCAGCUACGCCAGUUGCCGAUGAGGAACAGAAACCAGUGGAAGACGAAGAGGAAGAGAAGACCACUCCGGCUGCCGAUGCUGAGAAGCCAGUUGAAGCUGAUGAAGUUCAGAAGCCUACCGAAUCGGCCGCUGAAGCGGACGAAGAACAGAAGCCAACGCCUGCUGCCGAUGCUGAGAAACCAGUUGAGGAAGAGCAGAAGCCAACGCAGGCCAGCGUGGAAGCUGACGAAGCGACUCCAGCUGCCGAAGCGGAGAAGCCAGUUGAAGCUGCUGAAGAGGAACAGAAGCCGACGGAAAGCGCAGUUGAGGCUGAUGAGGAGCAGAAGCCGACGCCAGCUGCCGAUGCGCAGGAACCGGUUGAGUCUGAUGAGGAGGAGAAGCCAGUUGAAGCUGAUGAAGUGGCGAAGCCUACGGAAAGCGCGGUUGAAGCUGAUGAGGAACAUAAGCCGACGGAAGCCGCUGUUGAGGCUGAUGAAGAAGAGAAGCCAGCGGUCGAUGCCGUGGAACCAGUUGAGGCUGAUGAAGAGCAGAAGCCGACGGAAAGCGCAGUUGAAGCCGAUGAGGAACAGAAACCGACACCAGCUGCCGAUGCCGAGAAACCAGUUGAGGCUGACGAAGAGCAGAAGCCAACGGAAAGCGCAGUUGAAGCUGACGAGGAAGAGAAGCCGGCGGUCGACGCUGUGGAACCAGUUGAGGCUGACGAGGAACAGAAGCCGACGGAAAGCGCUGUUGAAGCUGAUGAGGAACAGAAGCCGACUCCGGUUGCCGACGCUGACAAGCCAGCUGAAUCUGAGGAAGAGCAGAAACCGACUGAAGCCGCUGUGGAAGCUGACGAAGAGGAGAAGCCGGCGGUCGAUGCGGUGGAACCAGUUGAGGCUGAUGAGGAGCAGAAGCCUACGGAAAGCGCAGUUGAGGCUGAUGAGGAGGAACAGAAGCCGACGCCAGUUGCCGAUGCACAGGAACCAGUUGAAUCCGACGAGGAAGAUAAGCCAGUGGAAGCCGACGAAGUGCAGAAGCCCACGGAAAGCGCCGCUGAAGCUGAUGAGGAACAGAAGCCGACGGAAGCCGCCGUGGAAGCUGACGAAGAGGAGAAACCAGCUGUUGAUGACGAACAGAAGCCAGUUGCUGCCGAUGAGAAGCCGGAAGCGACCGACGCUCCAGCAUCGGACGAGAAGACUGAGGAUGACGCGACGACAGUUGCUCCAGCGGUUGUGGCUGACGAAGUCAAGGAAACUGACGACACCGGCAAGCCUGCCGUGGAGACUGUACCGACUAGCCAGGACGAUGUUGAGGACGAGCACGACGAGAAGCCGGCUGCUGAGGCAACUACCGUUGCUGCUGCCGCUGAUGCUACCACGCAAGCGCCUGUCGUAGCGGACGAGAAGGAACAGGAACCGGCUGUGGAAGAGGAAGUGCCAGCGACGACGGCCAAGGCUGAGGUGACUGCUGCGCCGACGGAAGCUGCCAAGGAUGAGGAAGCUACGACUACGGUGGCGCCAGUGAAGGUUGAUGACGCUGAGGAAAGCACGACGGUUGCGGCUGCCGCUCCAGUUGUUCCAGUGGAAGCUGACAAGCCGGUGGAAGCCGACGAAGAGGACGUGCAGAGCUCGAAACCAGUGUUCGGAGAUGAGAAGCCAAGUGUGCCAGCUGAGGAUGAGGAUGAUCUGCAGCAACAGUCUAAGCCAGUGUUUGACGACAAGGAUGAACAGGAAGUGCAGAAACCGGUUGCGCCGGAAGAGGACAGCUACCUGCCAAGCACUACGAAGAAACCAGAGGGCGAGACUCCAGGACCAUCGUACGGACCACCUGGAUCGCACUACGACACCGGAUACGGACACAUGCCACCGCACUACCCGCCAUCGUCUUACGAGGAUGACUACACGGACGAGGAAGAUCCGGCCGCGUUCGGACCGGGCACUUGCCGGUACGGUGGCAAGCUGUACGUGUCGGCCCAGCAGAUCCCACGCGACGAUCCGUGCGAUUUCUGCUUCUGCUUCCGCAGCGACAUCAUCUGUCUGCAGCAGUCGUGUCCGCCGCCAAUCAGCGGCUGCCACGAGGAGCCCAUCUCCGGCUUCUGCUGCCCACGGUACGAGUGCCCGGUGUCGAUGGCGACGGUGCUCAACGUUACGACCAGCACGACCACCACCACGACCACGCUGCCGCCGCACUUCCUGUCACACGCGUACAAGGGAUCGGUGACGAAGCGGGGCUGCCAGAUCCAAGGCAAGGCGUACCAGGUCGGCGAAACCGUGGCCGCGACCAGCGGUCCCUGCAUGCGUUGCUCAUGCGGCGGCGACGGCCAGAUGAAGUGCGAACCGAAGGCGUGCAGUCCGGAACCGAUGCUGCAGCAGAUGAUUGCCGUGGCGGCGUCCCGAAGGAGAUGAAGCGACUAGAGAUCCGAGUGAGAGCGCGUAUGAGAACGAAACUGGUGUAUGAGAGCGAGAGCGCGUGCGAGAUUAACCGCGAGAGAUUGCACGAACGCGAAUACAAGUUAGGAUGUAAUCUCAAGUUAGAAACCUUUUUUUUCAAAAGAAACCGAGCAGAUGGCGCGAGAUCCGGCGAGGCGCCACCCCCUCUCGCAGUGACGAGUAGCGAAACUAGCGCGAAGAGACAUCACCAAGAAAACAAAGUAGCUCAUUUGUUUUUUUUUCCAAAAGACUUGAACGCACACAAACAAACCAACUCACUUACACAACUACAGAAGUACGCACACGAACACACACGCAAACAAACAGAUCAGUAUAGCCGAGACAACGAUUUCUAGCAAAGGCUCACUUGAUUGACGGCGGCCAUGUUGGACAAUAUGGCCGCCUUCGAUUGGGUGAGCGCUAAUUCCUUUUUUUCGUGUAUAGAAAAAUUCUUUCAAAUCGACAAUUUUACACAAAAAAAACACACAACCUAUUAGGAGAUGAAUGUCACAACAAAAAGUAAACAAAAACAAUGCCAGAUAGUGGUCGUCGUGUCUCAUACAAUUACUUCUAGUCUCUCUGUUUUACAUUUUUAAUAGAAGGAAUGGAAGAAGGAAGAAUACACACCUUACACACACACACACACAUACACACAAAUUGACUCAAAUCGCCGAAAUCUUGUCUUUAUGUAGUUGUUUGCUUCUAGGAACGUGAUGAAAGCUAAAUUUUUUGACAUUUCACAAACGCACACGAAAAAAACAUCGAAAUGACGUAGCCCUCAACGCUCUUGUAAGUGUAAAUUCUAACCUCAACGUGAAUGUUAUUUCUUUAUUGUACGAAUAUGAAUAUGCAUUUCCGUUUUUUACGUGUUAAAUUCAUUGAUUUUUGACGGUAGCAUCGUGUAGAAUUCGAGGAGCAUCGACUCGCCCCUCGUGUCACUUUUCCAAACCACGUUCAAAACGAAAAACAAUAGAUUUGCUUAGUUUUGUCGACAAACACACUCACACCAACACACAUUAAGACGAACGCGACGAGCCAAGCGUGUAGGAAUGUUAGGAUUAAACAAUGGAACGCCCCCUGCGAACCUGACGAGACCAAUACUAACACAUUCAAACACACUCCGGGUGACAGCCAGUUGAUGAACAAUGAAUUUCUUGCAAGGUGCGGGCCGAUCAAGGUUGGCCUUGCAACCAAUUCAUUAAAAUUUGACGAUGUUACCAGCAGUGUCAGUCCCGCUUAAGUAGAGAGAGAGAUACCACUAACACGAAUACACUCACGCACACACACAUGUCCCACAACCACAAUCGACGAAGAAUGAUGUGAUAUUUUGUAACUUUUAAACAAACGAAAAAAAAACAACCAAUUUCGGGCCAAACAUUCCAAGUAUCAAACUGACAGUGCCGACCUUCGGUCGGUGGACCCCCCGUUCAUGUUUUGACAGCAGCUGUCAAAAAUUUACCUUUUUCCGACUCUCUGGUCGUCUCUCUCUUUGUUUUUCUUACACUCUGACACUUUAACACACGUACACAACUACACAAAUGAGGACUUUUUUUUGCGAUUAGAAAUUCCCCGGGGGGCGAGCAGAGAGCGUGAAAGAUGUAAAUAUUACUUAUUUAUAAUGGAAUGAUGAGAAGGAAAGCAGCGGUUGGAAAGGGAAGUAGAGAGCGAAAACAAAAUGGCGGACGCAGCGUAGGGUUUUAAACUUUGUUUUGCCAAUUAAACAGAGGGAAAACAAAAGGUGAUCGAAGGUUUUUUUUCGGAGAAAGACAUAUUAUGUAAUUGACAAGGAGAAAAAGAAUCGGAAAAAGCUCAAAAAAAUUAAAACGCAGAAAAAGAGAGUAUUUUUUAUCUUAGUUUAUGUGUUUCUGUCACUUCUUUUUUAUAUUUGUAUAUUUGCCAUAAUUUUAAUCAGUUUAAACAAAAAUAUUCAGAAUGCAACAUUUCAAAAGAAUUUGGAAGGAAACGCGUAUAAAGAGUUAAGCAAUAUUCAAAUUUAGGAAAGUUCCCUUCCCGAAAACGAAAAAAAGACGUAACACGCUAAAGCAAAAAGAAAUAAAAAAAGAAAACAAGCGGUAGCAACGUGAAGGCGCGAGUAUUGACUAUCGAUUUAAAUGUAUUACUUAGCUAUUAAUUUAAUCAAAGCAACCCAUGCAUUAUUGUAGAACAAAAGCAGUUGGAAAAAAACGAGAAAGGCACGCACUCAAAAACAUCCCCUCUCACGAACACACACAAACUCCCAAACAACAACAAAAAUGACAGAUAGCAAACGACUGAGAAAAGGUCGCAAAAAAAUCACACUCUAAAUUAAUGUCAGUACGUUUUCAGUGUAUAAAAUUGAACUUCAAAUCAAACUGGAAAAUCAUCCAAAAUAAGAAAAACUAAAACGAAAAAUGUAGGUGCAAAACGAAAGAAAGGUGAGAAAAGAGAAAGAGAGAGAGUUAGGAAGUGAACCAGAGUGACAUUAGCUCGCCCGUGCUGUUGUUUCUCUCGCUCAUGCACUGAGAGAAAACGACACGUGCAAAACAAGAGAGAAAGAGAUUCUUAUCGUCGUGUUUACUAACA